CCAGUGUGAAGUGCAAGCUAUAGCUGUGUUCUUUUCCCGGAAUCCACUGCGCAAAAAAAUCUAAUUUCCAGUCAGUUUUCCAUUUUUGUAAUUCCUAUUUCGUUUUUUUGGGUUUCAGUAGAAGGCCUAACGUGUGCUUCAUUGCCUAAACGCAGGGCUGUUAGUAGCCUACUCCGUAUUCGUUCACGCGAUUGUGGGGGUGGGGGUACCCGUGUGGGGUACCCAUGUGCAAAGAUGCGAGACGAGAGACAGGUGAUGCGCUCUCUGCAUGCAUCCCGUCUACAACAGGGGGAGCACAGCCACGGAACGAGCGGUCGAACAGCAUGAGGUGAGAGAUUCUUCCGCUCAUCAUAUCUAAGCAGAAAUGGGACCAUGAAAGCAGAAGACAGGAGAUUUGAGCAGCUGUAUCAUCCUACGGAUACUUCAGGCAUUCGUUCACUCUAAAAGCGUUCACUUCUUACCGACGUUGAAUGACGAGGCGGAAUGGCAGGUGGACGUCGAGGACUUGUGGCCCCACAAAACACUUUUCUCGAGAACAUCGUCCGACGAUCCAAUGAUACCAACUUUGUUCUGGGCAAUGCCCAGAUUGUGGACUGGCCCAUUGUGUACAGCAACGACGGCUUCUGCAAGCUCUCCGGUUACCACCGUGCUGAGGUCAUGCAGAAGAGUAGCACCUGCAGUUUCAUGUAUGGGGAGCUUACAGACAAGGAGACGGGUGAGAAAGUGCAACAGACCUUUGAGAAUUAUGAGAUGAAUUCGUUCGAAAUUCUCAUGUAUAAGAAGAAUCGGAUGCCGGUGUGGUUCUUUGUGAAGAUCGCUCCUAUCAGGAAUGAGCAGGACAAGGUGGUGUUGUUUCUGUGCACCUUCAGUGACAUCACUGCAUUCAAACAGCCCAUUGAGGAUGACUCUGUGAAAGGAUGGGGUAAAUUUGCUCGGCUCACCCGGGCCCUGACGAGCAGUCGGGGAGUGUUGCAGCAGCUGGCGCCCACCGUCCAGAAGGGCGAGAACGUCCACAAGCACUCUCGUCUGGCUGAGGUCCUCCAGUUGGGCUCAGACAUCCUCCCACAGUACAAGCAGGAGACGCCUAAAACUCCUCCCCACAUCAUCCUCCACUACUGCGCCUUCAAGACCACCUGGGACUGGGUCAUCCUCAUCCUGACCUUCUACACAGCCAUCAUGGUGCCCUACAACGUCUCAUUCAAGACCAAGCAGAACAACGUCACCUGGCUGGUGGUGGACAGCAUCGUGGAUGUCAUCUUUCUGGUGGACAUCGUGCUCAACUUCCAUACCACAUUUGUGGGGCCAGCCGGAGAGGUCAUCUCGGACCCCAAGCUGAUCCGGAUGAACUACGUCAAGACGUGGUUCGUCAUCGACCUGCUCUCCUGCCUGCCGUAUGACGUCAUCAACGCCUUCGAGAACGUUGACGAGGGCAUCAGCAGUCUCUUCAGCUCCCUCAAAGUAGUCCGUCUGCUCCGCUUGGGCCGGGUGGCCCGUAAACUGGACCACUACAUUGAGUACGGUGCCGCUGUCCUGGUCUUGCUGGUGUGCGUCUUUGGCCUGGCCGCCCACUGGUUGGCCUGCAUCUGGUACAGUAUCGGCGACUACGAGGUCAUCGACGAGAACACCAACAGCGUGAGGAUGGACAGCUGGCUCUACAUAUUGAGCGAAUCGGUGGGGACGCCAUACCGCUUCAACGCCAGUGGCUCCGGGAGGUGGGAGGGCGGGCCUAGCAAGGACUCGGUCUACAUCACUUCCCUCUACUUCACCAUGACCAGCCUGACCAGCAUCGGCUUCGGCAACAUCGCCCCCACCACCGAUGGAGAAAAGCUCUUCGCCGUGGCAAUGAUGAUGAUCGGAUCGCUCCUGUAUGCCACCAUCUUCGGUAAUGUGACCACCAUCUUUCAGCAGAUGUACGCCAACACUAACCGCUACCACGAGAUGCUUAACAGCGUCCGCGACUUUCUCAAGCUUUACCAGGUGCCCAAGGGCCUCAGCGAACGCGUCAUGGACUACAUUGUCUCCACAUGGUCCAUGUCUAGAGGCAUCGAUACAGACAAGGUGUUGCAGAUCUGCCCCAAGGACAUGCGGGCGGACAUUUGUGUCCAUCUUAACAGAAAGGUGUUCAAGGAGCACCCAGCCUUCCGACUGGCGAGCGAUGGGUGCCUACGGGCCCUGGCCAUGGAGUUCCAGACCACCCACAGCGCCCCCGGGGACCUCAUCUACCACGCGGGCGAAAGCGUAGACAGCCUCUGCUUCGUGGUAUCCGGAUCCUUGGAGGUCAUCCAGGACGAUGAGGUUGUGGCCAUAUUAGGAAAGGGGGACGUGUUUGGGGACAUCUUCUGGAAGGAGGUGACCCUAGCCCAGGCUUGCGCCAACGUUCGGGCCUUGACCUACUGCGACCUCCACGUCAUCAAGCGUGACGCUCUGCAGAAAGUUCUGGAGUUCUACAUGGCCUUCUCCAACCACUUCUCCCGCAACCUGCUGCUCACCUAUAACCUCAGAAAGAGGGUUUCCCAAGGGGACGCUACUGAGAAGCUGGCUCACCAAGUCCCGGCCGAGACUGCUGCUGCUCAUCGCGGGGUUGAAAAGGCCUCAGGUGACCCUCAUGCGGAGGAAAAGGAUGAAGCGCACAAAAGUAGCAAAGGCCACGUAAGCGAACCUGCAAUCGAAUGCCGCAUUUCACUUGAGGCCUUGGCAAAGAGGAUCUCCCCACCUGAGUUAGAUAUGAAAGACGAAGACAUGGAAGAACUACGUUUUGAAUCUUUGUCAAAGCAACGAACUAAAAGCCAAAGCAAACAGAAAUGGGGUUUAGCGUCUUUUGUGAAAACAAGAGAUCUGCAACAGAGAUCUAGACCCCCUGAUUAAUCGAGAUCUUCUCCUACAUUUGUACAUCUCUUCAAAUACACAUUUGUUAUGGUUCAUUAUAGUACAAUGAGUGUGACUUGUACAUUAUUUACAUCCAGUGGCAUACAUUUAGUUGAACAGAACUGACUAUCGCUGUGUUCUUAGGAUAUCUAUUUUCCAGUCAGAGAAUGAUUUGUUUCACAUAUCAAAUUUGUGUUUGAGUGGGUGAAUAAGAAAAUAGUGCCUCUCCAUGGCUAGCAGGUGUAAAUAUCUAAACCACAGUUGGCACACACGAUUAAUGCAACUCUGGGCCAAUGACAGAGUCACCAUUAACAAUCUGACCCAUCAAUUUUCCUUAUUCUACAUAAACCAUCCAAGUUACUUGAAAGGAAAAUUAGGUAAAACCUUGAGGUAAAUAUUCAAAAAUCUAAUUUAAUUGGUCACAUACACGUAUUUAGCAGAUGUUAUUGCGGGUGUAGCGAAAUGCUUGUAUUCCUUUACAAAUAGGUAACAACAAUUCGAGGCAACACUUUAUUACACUCAAAUCAUAAAGCCUACUUUACAAUGCCAUGGACAGGUCAUAGAAAAUAUGUUUGGCAAUUAACAUUUAUUUUGUUAACUACAUUAUCUGAUAAUGCCUAUUGUAUUUAAGUGAAUGGCAAGCUUUCACAAAUCAUGUAUCAUGAAAUAACAUAAACCGCUUUAAAAAAAAUCAGAUGCCCUGCUCAUGACACUGCAAUGUAGUCUUUACUGGUAAGAUUUCAAGUAAAGCAAGUUAAUAUUUUGGUAAAGUUUAUUUUACCAACCCAAGUAAUACACUUUUUAAAAUCAGAAAUCAUUUAUUACAUAAACAUUACAAUUACUUAACCUGGCUAGGAAAAAAAAGUUUGCACCAUUUGAAAGUUAUAGUUAACACAAUUUGUAGAUUUGUUUGUCUUCAUUUUGUAAUCAUAUUGUCAUUUUUGCUACCAUGAGAUGGGAAGCACAAUGUCUCAUCAUACAAAAAUGUAAGUAUCCGUUUUUGACAUUGAUAGCAAUCUUUUAAUAUUUUACAUUAUUGUAUUAAUUUAUCAUCUUUAUACUAAGUUGUCACAUUUCACAUGUAAAUACAUUAACUUUCGUUCCACAAUCUUCACAAAGGACAAAAUUGGAAUAGUCAAAAUUAUAGUAGAGAAUUACUAAACUCUGAUUCAAGCUCAACUUUGGUUUGAACCAUACACAUUUAAAAUUCAUUCAACAAUGUGUCACUCAGAGGAACAUCAGCUUUGUUACUCAUAUUUACUCAUGCUGUAACAAAUGAUUUCUUAAAACAAUAAACUGCCAACUUAAUAUAAAGUG